GAAACGGGCGGCAUCGCCUCGUGCCAGUGUCUCACUCUCCCCCUAGUCUCCUGGCUGUAUAGCCCAGCUGCCCAGAGGAGUGAGUGGACAUCAGUGUGGGUCGAGCUAGCCAGCUAGUGUGUGCCACAGCUUUGCGGCGCUGCAGCUCUCCCGCAUUUCCAUGGCGAUCUCCAGGCUCUCCGUCCUCGUCGCCCUCCUGGCCUGCUGCUGCUCCCUCGUGCGGGUCUCCCAGUGCGGUGGCGGCAACCGGCAGAACUACACCUCGAUGUUCAGCUUCGGCGACUCCCUCACUGACACCGGCAACCUGCUCGCGUCCAGCCAGCUCCCUUUCACCACCGUCGGCAGGUUCCCCUAUGGCAUGACCUACUUCCACCGCCCCACCGGCCGCUGCUCCGACGGCCGCCUCGUCGUCGACUUCCUUGCGCAAGCGUUUGGCCUGCCGCUGCUGCAGCCGUACCUGUCGCGCGGUAAGGAUGUCCGGCAGGGCGUGAACUUCGCCGUGGGCGGCGCCACGGCCAUGGACCCGCCAUUCUUCGAGGGGAUAGGGGCAUCGGACAAGCUCUGGACCAACCUGUCCCUCAGCGUCCAGCUCGACUGGUUCGAGAAGCUCAAGCCUUCACUCUGCGACUCACCAAAAAAUUGCAAGGAGUAUUUCAGCAACUCCCUGUUCUUGGUGGGGGAGAUUGGGGGAAACGACUACAACUACGCCUUCUUCAAGGGCAAGACCUUGGACGACGCCAAAUCCUACGUCCCCACCGUCGCCUCCGCGGUUAUCGACGCUACCGAGAGGCUGAUCAAGGCCGGCGCGAUGCACCUGGUGGUGCCGGGGAACCUGCCGAUGGGGUGCUCGUCGGCGUACCUCACCCUGCACCCGGGCAGGAACAGCAGCGACUACGACUCCGUCGGCUGCCUCAAAACGUACAACGACUUCACGCAGCGCCACAACGCUAUGGUCCAGCAGAAGCUGCAGGUGCUUCGCCUCAAGUACCCCAACGCCAGGAUCAUGUACGCCGACUACUACGGCGCCGCCAUGUCCUUCGCAAGGAACCCCAAGAAAUUCGGGUUCAAGCAUGGCCCGCUGAAGACGUGCUGCGGCGGCGGCGGGCCGUACAACUUCAACCCGGUGGCGAGCUGCGGCGUCCGGGGAUCCAGCGUGUGCGCGGACCCGUCGGCGUACGCCAACUGGGACGGCGUGCACCUGACGGAGGCCGCCUACCGCGCCAUCGCCGACAGCAUCCUCCACGGCCCCUACACCAGCCCUAGGCUGCUCUGACCCUCAGCCCUGCAGUGUUCUUGGUUAAGCUAGUCGUGACUUGGUGUGACUGAUCUGUGUAAUGGAUACAACUGGAGUGAGCUAGGGGUGAAGUGUUCUACCACUUGAAAUAUGACUGCGCAUUUCUGCGAUUAA